UGUGCUGCACUGCAGGCCGCUAGAAAGGCUACUGCUAGGCUACUAUUCCGUAUGAAGGAAUGACAGACAGAUUGGGAAUAUAGCCUUGUGUGUCGCUCUUCUAUAGGCUCAGAAUACACAAAACUAGAGAACAGGACUAAGAAAAUAGUGGCAGACUGUCUAUCACUGACCAGAUCAAGAGCAACCAGCAGAUUUGGAGGAGCUCACACGACAUGGAAUCUCUUGUACUUCAGAUCCCCAUGUUGACUGGUUAGAAGGAGGAGGACCAUGCAGUGUGAUGCCCUCUCUCUUCCCCUGGGGAGCAGCGGAACAGCCUCAGUCACAAUCAUAGAGAGACUAGCUGGCUGAGCUCAGAGGACCAUGCUCAACAAGUGGAGCUGAACGAAGAACUUAUUAGUCACAGACUCAAUGACACCAGGGACAGAACCCUCAGAAGAAGCAUCUGUUAAAGAGCUCUAGAGAGCACAUGGAAGACACAGCCACUGGAGCCACUGAAGUCACUGUACAGAGCUCUAUAGACAACACUGAAGACAGCGAAACCACAACACCUGAGCUCCAAAGGGAACACCACUGCAGGAUGGCUUCAACACCGUGACUGACUCUAGACCCUCUGGAGUUCCAACAGUACAGCUGGGAACCAGAGCUAAAGACCAGAAUAAUAGGAUACUAAACUCAUGUCUCAAAGCCAUUAUUGUGUGGUUGUGUGUGUGGCUCUGUGUGUGUUGAUUUGUGUGUGUUGUGUGUAGCAUUGUGUAGUUUUGUGUGUGCAGUUGGUCAUUAGCGGAUGUUCCAAACAUGGCCAGCAUGGCGGUCCAGCUGCUGGGCUUCUUCCUGGGUCUGCUGGGGCUUGUGGGUAGUGUAGUUGCUACAGUGCUCCCCCACUGGUGGCAGACGGCCUAUGUGGACUCUAACAUAAUCACAGCCACUGCCUACAUAAAGGGGCUCUGGAUGGAGUGUGUGUGGCACAGCACGGGCAUCUACCAGUGUGAAGUACAUCGCUCAAUGCUGGCUCUGCCACCUGACCUGCAGGCGGCACGGGCGUUGAUGUUGCUGUCCUGCCUGACCUCCACCCUGGCAGCCCUCGUGUCCUCUGCAGGGAUGAAGUGUACCCGCUAUGCCCGCGGCUCGUCCAUCAAGCAUGUCCUGGCCAUCAGUGGUGGGGUCUGCUUCCUGUCUGCAGGCAUGCUCUGCCUAAUCACUGUCUGCUGGACAACCAAUGAUGUCAUCCUCGACUUCUACAACCCCAUCCUACCUGAAGGUAUGAAGUAUGAAAUUGGCAUGGCGGUGUAUUUGGGCUACGUCUCGGCCUGUCUUAAUCUGAUGGGAGGGGUGGUGCUCUGUUGGAACUGUGAGGGGCGGCCCAGGAACCCCCUACAUCUACCUCAUCAUCGCCACCCUUGUCCUCCCCUCGUCUUCAACACUAUAAACACCCCCAACACCCCAGCACCCCCCUACUAUCCCCCUGCCGCCCUGAAAGGGAACUACGCCCCCUCAUGCACCUCACUGUCCAGCAAUGGCUACAGACUCAAUGACUACGUCUAAGGGAUAGAGUACACACUCAAUGAAUGCUCCUAGUGUGGAAGUGCAAACACUCAAUGAUUAUGUCUGAGUGUGGCAGAUAAUAGAAACUGAUUGAGGGAAGUUUAAACUCAAUGACUACAAAAAACAGACUCAAGUUACUUUUAAGUGAGCAAGUACACACUCAUUGACUUUCCAGCAGACCUUCAGAGAGUCAGUGAGGAUCAGUGUGGUUUACGGUGUUGAUGUUGUUCAGGUUGUGUCCUUCUCUAGGACUGCCCACAGGCUAAUCCUGUAUUACUUAUCCUGUUGACUUUGUAUGUUUACUAUAAGAGCCGAAAAACAUUAACAGGACUUAUUCCUGAUACAAAAAUGAGCUUCCUUCAUAAAGGCCUUUAGGAAAAUGACAGCAGGUAUGAUAAUGGUCAAGUCAAGUUUUAUUUCACAUGUAUUAUCUGUUCCCGUUUCAUUGCUCAUAACUUAAUGGCUGUUGUGAAGCACUUCCUGUCUUUAUAGUUUUAUAGUCUCAUAUUUGUAAACUGCUUUAUACUUAUACUGCUAUUUUAAAAUACAAAGUCACCAUGGUGCAACAGACUACGUUUGAGCUUGAGUAUGGUGGUAGGAUGCUCGCUAUGUGCAUUAGCCUAACUGGACUAAAGC